AUGGCGACGCAGACCAUGACUGCGCUUCCCACCAAGCAGCUGCAGAAACCCCACAAGACGGCAAAGUUGCCUCCAGAGAACGAACGGUACCUGAGAGCAUGUUCGGAUAUUGCAAAUGCCCUGAUCCAAGAAUAUGAAUCUCAGAGAGACUCCACCAAGCCGAAGAAGGACAUCAAUCUGAACAAGCUGCGGGGUCAAAUAUCGAAAAAGCACCGUCUGAGCACCCAACCCCCACUGACGGCUAUCAUCUCUGCUGUCCCGGAGUAUUACAAGAAGUAUAUCCUCCCAAAACUGAUUGCGAAGCCGAUAAGAACAUCGUCCGGCAUUGCCGUGGUGGCGGUAAUGUGCAAACCACAUCGAUGCCCUCAUAUUGCCUAUACGGGAAAUAUUUGCGUCUACUGCCCUGGUGGCCCUGACUCUGAUUUCGAAUAUUCUACACAAUCAUAUACCGGAUAUGAACCCACGUCCAUGCGCGCCAUCAGAGCUCGAUACGAUCCCUUCGAGCAAGCAAGGGGCAGAGUGGAACAAAUCAAAUCAUUGGGACACAGUGUGGAUAAAGUGGAAUACAUCAUCAUGGGCGGCACUUUCAUGUCCCUGCCAGAGGACUAUCGGGACGAAUUUAUAUCACAGCUCCACAAUGCGCUUAGCGGUUAUCAGACCAGCAAUGUCGACGAGGCCGUCCAGGCCGGGGAAAUGAGUAACAUAAAGUGUGUAGGGAUCACCAUCGAAACACGACCAGAUUACUGUCUAGACACCCACCUAAGUAGCAUGCUCCGGUACGGCUGCACACGCCUCGAGAUCGGCGUGCAAAGUCUCUACGAAGACGUCGCCCGCGACACCAACAGAGGUCACACCGUAAAAGCCGUAGUUGAAACCUUCAAACUAUCCAAAGACGCCGGCUUCAAAGUCGUCAGCCACAUGAUGCCCGACCUCCCAAACGUUGGCAUGGAGCGUGACCUCGACCAAUUCCGAGAAUACUUCGAGAACCCCGACUUCCGUACCGACGGCCUAAAAAUAUACCCCACCCUCGUUAUCCGCGGCACAGGCCUGUACGAACUCUGGCGCACAGGCCGCUAUAAAAACUACACGCCAAACGCCCUCGUAGACAUCGUCGCGCGCAUCCUCGCCCUCGUCCCGCCCUGGACCAGAAUCUACCGCGUCCAGCGCGACAUCCCCAUGCCCCUCGUCACCUCCGGCGUCGAGAACGGCAACCUUCGCGAACUCGCGCUGAGCCGCAUGAAGGACCUCGGCACCACGUGCCGCGACGUGCGCACGCGUGAAGUCGGCAUCAACGAGGUGAAGAACAAAAUUCGCCCGUCACAAGUCGAGCUUGUACGGCGCGAUUACACCGCCAACGGUGGCUGGGAGACGUUUUUGGCAUACGAGGAUCCGAAGCAGGAUAUCCUUAUUGGCUUGCUGCGGUUGCGCAAGUGUAGCAAGACGCAUACGUUCCGGCCGGAGCUGACGGCGCAGCAGACUAGCCUUGUGCGUGAGUUGCAUGUGUACGGCUCUGCUGUGCCGUUGCAUGGGCGGGAUCCGCGCAAGUUUCAGCAUAGAGGGUUUGGCACGCUGCUGAUGGAGGAGGCGGAGAGGAUUGCGAGGGAGGAGCAUGGGAGUCGGAAGAUCAGUGUUAUUUCUGGCGUUGGGGUUAGGAGUUAUUAUGCCAGACUUGGAUAUUGGCUUGAUGGACCGUAUAUGAGUAAGAUGCUUGAUCCGAUGGAGCGGCAAGAUUCUGGCGGGGAGGACUGCUAA